CAGUUCCAGGGGAAAUAGGAAUCUUUGUCCCCUUCAGACCACAGUGUUGUGCAGUAUGGAGCUUUUUGAGACCAACCCUUACUUCUUCCCUGACCAGCGCUUCUACGAGGGAGGGGACAGCUACUUCCCCUCUCGUCUGCCUGGGGGGUACGACCAAUCCCCCUACCAGGAUAGGAACUCCAUGAUGGGCUUGUGUGGGAGUCUGUCUGGGGGUGUUGGAGUUGGGUUGACAGGAACAGAGGACAAAGCCUCUCCAUCCAGUCUGUCACCUCACUUAGAGCCCCACUGCCCGGGUCAGUGCCUGCCAUGGGCCUGUAAACUGUGCAAAAGAAAGACGGUUACCAUGGACCGCCGGAGAGCGGCCACAAUGAGAGAGAAGAGGCGUCUAAAGAAGGUGAACGAGGCCUUUGAUGCUCUGAAGAGGAGCACCCUGAUGAACCCUAACCAGAGACUGCCCAAGGUUGAGAUCUUGCGGAGUGCCAUCCAGUAUAUUGAAAGGCUGCAGGCCCUGGUGUCUUCCCUCAACCAGCAGGACUCUGAGACGGGACAGCAGGGACUGCACUACCGACCCAGCACGGCCCAACCCAGAGUUUCAUCAAGCGAGCCCAGUUCAGGCAGCACCUGCUGCAGUAGCCCAGAGUGGAGCAGCACUCCAGAGCAGUGCACACAGAGCUACAGCAGCGAGGAUCUCCUGAGUGCUGCUGACUCUCCAGAGCAGGGGAACAUGCGUGCCCUGACCUCCAUCGUUGACGGCAUCAGUGCUGCAGGCGGACCUGUAGCCUUUCCUGUGGACAUUUCCAAAUAG